AUGGCGGGUAUGCCCGUGUUGGGUAACAGCGUGGGCGCGGGCGAGCUACGGGAAGGUAAUGAUUAUGCCAGCAACAGAUCAUCAAGUAGUGGCUCGCGCCGCGGCUCCUCUCCUCCAAGGGGAUUGGAGCAUGAAGUGGAUGUGAACUGCCACAGACCAGACUUGACCAACUCGUUACCAUCUCGACCUCGUCCCACUAGCUACGAACGAGAUUAUCGCGAGGUCCCUACCGUGGCAACCCUAAGUGGUUCAAACGUAGUAACUCAUACGGCGCCUUCGUACGAGGAGCAGCGGGCUAGUCCUGCACUGCUUGCCAGACAUGCCGGCGGGACUCCCGGUGGACGGAGCGCGCGGGACGAUGGGUACUGCUCUGCUGGGAGCACGCCACGAGCCAUAGAUCACAAGUCAACAAAAAGCUCAGUUGUAACAUUGUCGUGUUAUAAAAAGGAGCCUAAAACCCAAAUCGAGGAAGAAGUUUAUUACAGCGAGUCUUCUAAAAGAGUUAGAGGGAAUAGCGUUGCUAAGACAGAUGCAAAUGACGGCCGUGAGACAUGGGGCACAGGAGCCGACUUUCUUCUCUCGAUAAUCGGAUUUGCGGUGGAUCUCGCUAACGUUUGGAGAUUCCCUUACCUCUGCUACAGAAAUGGCGGAGGUGCAUUCUUGAUACCAUACACGUUGAUGUUGAUCUUCGGAGCUGUACCGCUGUUUUAUAUGGAGCUGAUCCUCGGGCAGUACAAUCGGCAAGGACCUAUCACGCUGUGGAAGAUAUGUCCUCUAUUCAAGGGCGUGGGUUUCUGUGCAGUAAUGGUGGCUUUUUACGUCUCAUUUUACUACAACGUUAUUAUUGGCUGGGCAUUCUACUUCCUUGUAUCAUCAGCUAGAUCUGAACUACCCUGGUUACAUUGCGACAACUCGUGGAACACGGAACAGUGCUGGGACGCAGCUAAGUCGAACGGUACAAACAAAACCGACGUACUGUACCAAGGACCUCUUUCUCAUUUCACUCCGGCGUCUGAAUUUUUCCAUCGGGCGGUGCUCGAAAUGCAAAAUUCAGAAGGACUCAAUGAUUUAGGAUUACCAAAGUGGCAACUGACUAUCUGCUUGGGCCUCGUUUAUAUUACGCUUUAUUUGUCCUUAUUCAAAGGCGUUAAAAGUUCAGGUAAAGUUGUAUGGAUGACGGCGACGAUGCCAUACGUCGUAUUAUCAAUUCUACUGGCGAGAGGCCUUCUUCUACCGGGAGCGACUCGAGGAAUCGCUUACUACUUAAACCCAGAAUUGACUAGAUUGAAAGAUACUCAGGUUUGGGUGGACGCUGCUGUUCAAAUUUUCUACUCGGUCGGCGCUGGAUUUGGUGUCCACUUGUCUUACGCGAGUUACAACACGUUUCACAAUAAUUGUUACAGGGACUGCCUCGUCACAACUCUGGUGAAUUGCUUCACAUCAUUCUUCUCUGGUUUCGUGAUUUUCACCUAUCUCGGGUUCAUGUCGCAUAAGCAAGGUGUGCCAAUAUCAUCUGUUGCUACUGAAGGUCCAGGCUUAGUGUUUCAAGUAUACCCUGAAGCAGUUGCAACUUUACCUGGUGCAAGUUUGUGGGCAAUGCUGUUCUUCUUCAUGCUGAUCAUGUUGGGAUUAGAUUCAGGAAUGGGCGGCCUGGAGUGCGUGAUCACGGGCCUGCUGGACGAGGCGCGCGCGUGCGGCGCGGGCUGGCUGCGGCGCGAGCACUUCACGCUGUUCGUCGUCUGCGUGUCGUUCUGCGUCGCCUGUAUCAACGUCACGCCGGGAGGAAUCUAUAUGUUCCAUCUAUUGGAUACAUAUGCCGCUGGAAUAUCCUUACUCUGUUCCGCACUUUUUGAAGCCGUGGCUGUUUCGUGGUUCUAUGGGCUAAAAAGGUUUUCUGAUGACGUAGAAGAAAUGCUUGGAUUCAGACCUGGUCUAUAUUGGAGGAUAUGUUGGAAAUUUGUCAGUCCAGUAUUUAUAAUAGGUGUUGUCGUCUUUGGGCUUCUCUACCAGCAGCCUCUUCAGUACCAACACUACACAUAUCCUCAAUGGGCAGUUGUUCUUGGCUGGGGAUUGGCCUGUUCUUCCAUUCUGAUGAUCCCUGUAGUCGCUAUAUACAAAUUUGUCACCACCCCUGGUACUUGCAGGCAGCGCAUAGCGUGCUGUAUAUCGCCAGAGUCAGAACACGAAGCUAUACGCGGCGGAGCGCCUGUCACUCGCUUCACUUGGCAACACUGGCUUUAUGUUUAAACAUUUCUUGAUACCCUCAAAUGUACACAUGUUAGAGACCUGAGAUUAUAAUUGGAUGCAUUUUGGAACAUCCGGCCUAAUAUACAACGUGGUAUAUAUAACGGGCGUAGAAGUUAUACUAACGAUUAUAAUUGUUAAUGAUUCAAGAUGUAGUCAAAUUUAAAGGAAAAAAGUGACUUGAGCAUUGGAUUAGCUGCGUGGUCAUCCAUGUUCUUUCAAUAAAAAUUAACUUUA